GCAAAGUGCAUCCCGAAAGCCCCCAGUGCGGACACCCCUCGCUGCUAGCAUCUCAGGCCCGGUACGACGUGGGAUCUCGCUGUCCCGAGACCUCCUGAGUCCCCCCUUCGGUAAGGUGGGAGCCUCCGGCCCGGAGCGCGGCAGCCCCCGGCUCCGAGUCCCCCACACCCCGAGUCGGCACUUCCUCCCUGCACCCCUGUCCCUGGCUUGCCGGGGGGGCUGAGACCGGCACCCCUAGUCUACUGGAGUUGUCUGGAUGCUCCCCGGGCUGGGGCACUGAGAAGAAUCAGGAACAACCGUGUCCGGCCCUGCCCGUGGUGCUUCUUCAAUGGAGAAGUUGGUGAAUGUGGAGGGGGCUCAGAGGAGGAAGAGAAGCAGCAGCUGAGGGAGCAGGUCUUUCUGGUCUUCCUUGGAACACUGUACCACUGACUGCUUUCCGACUCCCGGGUUUGAGCCGGCUGGAGAAUUAUUGCCAAGGGCGUCUUGCCCAUCCACCCAAGAAUCAGUGGGCAGAGUGCCUCUGACCAGCCUCCUCUAUACAGAUUGAGAAGGCGCUUUGCCUCUGGAGGCUGGACACACGCAGAACAUUUUCCCACCAUGCUGUGUGAGCACCAUGGUUACUAGACAGCCCAUAGAGCAAGAGAAGGGACACUCUUCCAUGAGGCUGCUUCCUGUGACUUCAUGACGCCUUUGUGAAAAUUAGACUUUGCUAGGAUGUUACACCACCAUUGUCGAAGGAACCCUGAACUCCAGGAAGAACUGCAGAUCCAGGCUGCUGUGGCCGCUGGGGAUGUCCACACAGUACGGAAGAUGCUAGAACAAGGCUAUUCUCCAAACGGCCGGGAUGCCAAUGGCUGGACCCUACUCCACUUCUCUGCAGCAAGAGGAAAGGAAAGAUGUGUUCGGGUAUUUCUAGAACACGGAGCUGACCCCACAGUGAAGGACCUGAUUGGAGGCUUCACCGCUCUUCAUUACGCAGCCAUGCAUGGCCGGGCCAGGAUCGCGCGCCUGAUGUUGGAGUCAGAAUAUAGGAGUGACAUUAUUAAUGCAAAAAGCAACGAUGGCUGGACUCCCCUCCACGUGGCUGCCCACUACGGUAGGGACUCGUUUGUCCGGCUCCUCCUGGAGUUCAAGGCCGAGGUUGACCCACUCAGCGAUAAAGGUACCACCCCCCUUCAGCUCGCCAUCAUCCGUGAGAGGUCAAGCUGUGUGAAAAUCCUCCUGGACCACAAUGCCAACAUUGACAUUCAGAAUGGUUUCCUGCUGCGAUACGCCGUCAUCAAAAGCAACCAUUCUUACUGCCGGAUGUUCCUUCAGAGAGGAGCAGACACAAACUUGGGGCGCCUAGAGGAUGGGCAGACUCCUCUGCACUUGUCCGCCCUGCGGGACGAUGUUCUAUGUGCACGGAUGUUGUAUAACUAUGGCGCAGACACGAACACAAGGAACUAUGAAGGUCAGACCCCACUGGCUGUUUCAAUAAGUAUUUCGGGAAGUAGUCGGCCGUGUUUGGAUUUCUUACAAGAAGUCACAAGACAGCCCAGAAACUUACAGGACCUGUGUCGAAUUAAAAUUCGACAAUGUAUAGGCCUUCAAAACCUGAAGCUACUUGACGAACUGCCCAUCGCCAAGGUCAUGAAGGACUACUUAAAACACAAAUUUGAUGAUAUCUGACAGGCCACAACUGUGAGCAAGAUGAGGAGUUCAUGUUCCAGAUACUUAAAAGGCGCUUUUUUUUUUUUUUUUUUUUUGCCUUGCACAAAGUAUAUCCUAUGCAAUUUCUGAUUUGCUAUGAAAUCAGAAAGCAGGUAUACACAUCGG